CUCACCCCCACCCCGCCGGACAGCAUCGCCCACGGUAGGUAGACAUGAGGCAGGUGGGAUCGAGCGCGGGAGAGACCAGGAGCCCCAAAGAAGAUGAAUUUGGCUGAGAUUUGUGACAAUGCAAAGAAAGGAAGGGAAUAUGCACUUCUUGGAAACUAUGACUCAUCAAUGGUUUAUUACCAGGGAGUGAUCCAGCAGAUUCACAGACAUUGUCAGUCUGUCAGAGACCCAGCUGUAAAAGGCAAAUGGCAGCAGGUUCGGCAGGAAUUAUUAGAAGAAUAUGAACAAGUUAAAAGCAUUGUCAGUACUUUAGAAAGUUUUAAAAUCGAUAAGCCCCCAGAUUUUCCUGUGUCCUGUCAAGAUGAGUCAUUUCGAGAUCCUGCUGUUUGGCCACCACCUGUACCUGCAGAACACAGAGCUCCACCUCAGAUACGGCGUUCUAAUCGAGAAGUAAGACCUCUGAGAAAAGACAUGGCAGGUUUAGGAGCCAGGGGACUUGUGGGCCGAGCACAUCCAAUAUCAAAGAGUGAAAAACCCUCCACGAGUAAGGACAAGGAUUAUAGAGCAAGAGGAAGAGAUGACAAGGGAAGGAAAAAUAUGCAAGAUGGUGCAAGUGAUGGUGAUAUCCUGAAAUUUGAUGGUGCUGGAUAUGACAAGGACCUGGUGGAAGCUCUUGAGAGAGACAUUGUUUCCAGGAAUCCUAGCAUUCAUUGGGAUGACAUAGCAGACUUAGAAGAAGCCAAGAAAUUGCUGAGAGAAGCUGUUGUUCUUCCAAUGUGGAUGCCUGAUUUUUUCAAAGGGAUUCGAAGACCAUGGAAGGGUGUUCUUAUGGUUGGACCACCAGGCACUGGUAAGACUAUGCUAGCUAAAGCUGUUGCCACUGAAUGUGGCACAACAUUCUUCAAUGUUUCCUCUUCUACACUGACAUCUAAAUACAGAGGUGAAUCAGAGAAGUUGGUCCGCCUGUUAUUUGAAAUGGCAAGAUUUUAUGCUCCCACCACAAUCUUCAUUGAUGAGAUAGAUUCUAUCUGCAGUAGGAGAGGAACCUCUGAUGAACAUGAGGCAAGUCGCAGAGUCAAGUCUGAACUACUCAUUCAAAUGGAUGGAGUUGGAGGAGCUCUAGAGAAUGACGAUCCAUCCAAAAUGGUUAUGGUAUUGGCUGCUACUAAUUUCCCAUGGGACAUUGAUGAAGCUUUGCGGAGGAGAUUGGAAAAAAGGAUAUAUAUACCUCUCCCUACAGCGAAGGGAAGAACUGACCUUCUGAAGAUCAAUCUUCGAGAGGUUGAACUGGAUCCUGAUAUUCAACUGGAAGACAUAGCAGAGAAGAUUGAGGGUUAUUCUGGUGCUGAUAUAACUAAUGUUUGCAGGGAUGCCUCUUUAAUGGCAAUGAGACGGAGAAUCAAUGGCUUAAGUCCAGAAGAGAUUCGUGCACUUUCUAAGGAAGAACUUCAGAUGCCUGUAACCAAAGGAGACUUUGAAUUGGCUCUUAAGAAAAUUGCUAAGUCUGUCUCUGAUGCAGACUUGGAGAAGUAUGAAAAAUGGAUGACGGAGUUUGGAUCUGCUUAAAUUUCUGUCAUUUCCUCUGUUUCGGUACUUUUGUUUGUAAAUUUGAAGGAAUUCCUGCAUUUUCCCCCCUUAAAAUCAGGUUUUGGCACUACUAGAGAUAUACCCUAGGAAUAUAAAAAUACAAUA